GAAGUAUACGGCGGGUGAAUCCCAACGUGCGUUACUUCUCGGCAUGGACUGUGUCGAGGAGUUUCAUCAGUUAAACCUUGAUCAGAGGAUUUUGAAAGCCAUCGCCGAUCUAAACUGGAGGAAACCCACAGAUAUUCAGCAGGCAGUUAUACCAUUAGUUUUUGCUAAGAAAUGUAUUAUCGUCCAUGCAAAGACUGGGUCUGGUAAAACUGCAGCAUUCGCCAUACCUAUUUUGAAUGAUUUGUUACAGGAGAAACAAGUAAUUCCCAAUUUUUUGUGACAGAUUAAGCUUGCUGCAUAUCAAGCUACUACUGUCGUGGUACUCGCUCCAACAAGGGAGUUGUGUUCACAAGUUGCCGGUAAUAUCAAAAGUCUUUGCAAGUAUGCUGCGAAGAGCAUCUUAUCAGUGGACAUAUCUCUGUCUCAUGACAUUGAUCAGAUAAAGCCUCUCAUCUUCGAAAAUCCAGACAUAAUAAUUGGAACACCAGCUCGAUUGAUGCAGGUCUUACGUUCAGGAUUUUUGUCACUAAAGGACCUUCGAUGCAUUGUUGUGGAUGAGGCUGACCUGAUCUUCACAUUUGGUUACGAAACUGAGAUCCGAGAGCUGAGAUCAUAUUUACCCCAAAAUAUUCAGGUUAUUUUAAUGUCUGCCACUCUGGAGGAUACAUCCAAGGUAAUUAGACGGUACCUGGUUAAAAACGCCGACUGGGUCCGUGUAGAGUUACCAGAAGAGGCUUUUCUACCAGGAGAAAACCAGCUUACACAAUAUAUCAUUAGCGCCGAAGAUGAAGAUAAGUAUGCCAUCUUGAUUGCAUUGUUCAAAUUGCGAAUAGUCCGUGGCAAAACGCUAAUUUUUACAAAUUCUGUUGACCGAUGUUAUAAACUCCGACUGUUUCUCGAAGAGUUCGGAAUUAGAGCGGCAUUGUUAAAUUCAGAAUUACCAGUCAAGUCACGUUCUCACGUAAUCGAUCAGUUUAACCGAGGAUUGUAUGACUACUUAUUGGCUACUGACGAGUCACAGACAAACCAUAUUGCGUCGAAUAGUGAGGGAAGUAAUAAAGCCCCUAAAAAACAAAGACAUCGCGAUGCUGAAUACGGUGUAUCUAGAGGAAUAGAUUUUCAGAUGGUGAGUAAUGUUAUUAACUUCGACUUUCCUCCAACACCUACCCUCUAUGUUCACCGUGUUGGAAGGACCGCUCGAGCGGAUCAAAUGGGAACAGCUUUAUCAUUUGUAAGUAAAGCAGAAGAGGGUCGUUUGGCUGAUGUUGAAGCCUUGUUGAAUCCUGCAGGCGCAGCUGCAGCAAAACCAGGUUUAACUGAUGAAAAAAAUGUCGCUUCAUCUAUUUUCAGACCAUAUCAAUUCCGUCUUUCUGAAGUUGAUGGUUUUAGAUACAGAGCAGCCGAUGUGAUGCGUCAUAUAACCCGUAAAGUUGUCAGAGAAGCGCGUUUGAAAGAAAUUAAGAUUGAACUGCUCACUUCAGAACGCUUGAAAGGCUACUUUCAGGAUCAUAUACCAGAUUUAGAAGCUCUUCGCCAUGAUAAACCACUCAAGCAUGUCGCUCAAUCACAUCUCAAAGACGUACCAGACUACUUAGUUCCUCAGUCCUUAAAAGCUCUUAUGCCAGGGAGUUCUCAGGGUCGUAAAAGUAGCAUGAGGUGGAAAAGACGAAAUUUGCAUACAGAUGAAAAACCGAAACCUUCAUCCAGUGAUCUUAAAAAGCGCUUACAAGUGAAACACAAACAGGCUAGAAAACGCAAAUCGCAAAAUCCUCUGUUUUCGUUUGGACGGAAGAAGUCAAAAACUACAUAAUCGGAACGUUACUAUGGACAUAAAGUUAAUUUAAUUAGUGGAUGGACUUCACUUAAGGUUCACUGAAAGUUAUUUCAUUGUACAACAUUUGUACAUUAUCCUAUUCUCAUGCACUGAAUUACUUUUCAUUAUCAUAUAAUUAUCACUGGCAAUAAAUGUACAUGUAAAUAAAUGUCACUGAAUGAUAAUAAACUUUCAUGUGUAUGAAGGGCUUGACAGAGAUUUGUAUUAUCUAGUUUGCUAACAUGAAUUCGUAUAUUCUUGGUUCACCCGAAUUUUACCCUCUGUAAGUGUGCUCAGAUACAGAAUCCAAUGGGAUUCUAUUUGAGACUUCA